AUGUCGGAGGUUGCCUCGGGGCUGGCUAGGCGGGCGUACUGGUUGUGUGCUAAGCGUGGCUGCAACGCUUGGAACUGGUGUGACAAGCGGUGGACGUGCAAGGCGUGCGGCACCAGUGCUCCCCCAUGGACGAAGGAGUACCGCUCUGACAAGCCCCCCCCGCGGGUGGACGCAGACGGGUUCGUGCAGCAGCCCAGGGGAAGGGCUGAGCAGCGCGCGGCGAGGCGCUCGGCCUCCCAGCGGGCCCUCUCGGGGAGCACCGCGCCCAGCAGCGCCCCCAACAGCAGGGCACGGCGAGCGCGGCCCUGGGGAGAGGCCAAGACCCAGAUCGAGGAGCUGCAGGCGCAGCUCGUGGCGGCCAGGGAGCGCGUCGUCACGCUCCAGGGGGCCUCGGCGCUCGGGCUCUCAGUGGACUUCCAGCGUGAGGCGGAGAACGCCCUCCAGCAGGGCAAGGACCAGGUUGCCGCCCUGGAGCGGUCCGUCCAGGAGGCCCAGCGGACCGAGCGCCCGCCUCACUCGGUGCUCCACAUUGAGGCCAACGCCAUCCAGAAGGUCGAGCGCCAGCUGGCCACGGCACGUACCAAGAAGGAGAAGCUCCAGCUGCAGGCGUCCGAGCUGCGCGAGCUCAUCGCGGAGAAGCAGAUUGCAGAGCUGGAAGAGACCAGGGCCAAGGUCACUCAGCAGGCGAUCCAGCGGGCCAACGCAGCUGUCGGAGGCGUGCCGAGCCCGCUUGGGGACGCCGUCCAGGGGUUGCUCACUCAGGUUGGCGCCCUUUCGGAUCUCCUCAAGCAGCACGGAGCCGAUCUGCCACCCAGGUUUUCGGAGAUCGUCGAGAUUCUCAACACGCAGAAGGAGGCGGUCGCUGACGUGCUCAGGCCCCGAAGCAGCUCGGCCAGGAAGCGUUGGGGCGACAGCGUCGGUGACGACGGCCUCGCGACUGAGGAUGACGACAUGCCGCUCGACACCGUGGCCUCAGGUGGGCCUGCGGCCGCCCCUCCCGCUGCCGCCCCGCUGGCAGGGCAGACCGCGGCUGGGCCGCCAGCCACGCGGGCCAGGCCAGCGGACGGACCCUACGGCCCUGCAGCGGCCCGCGGCCAACACGGGGCGACCCUGGGCGCGUGGCCUCAGGCGGAGCCCUGCCUCGCAAAGGCCCUCGCCGAGCAAGGGGCGGCCCUCUCGGACGGCGACCCCUUGGCAGCCGUCAUCGGCAAGGCGCCGCUGGUCGGCAGGGCAGGAGGCCAGCUGCUUCGAGCUGGCCUAGUCAUGUUCGGCUGCAAUGGCAACGCUUGGAGCAGGAGCAUGGAAGCCCUCGAGGCCUUCUUCAAGGCGUACGGCUACUGGCCCGACGUAGUGGCGCUGCAGGAGACGAGGCUCCCGCAUGAGCGCCUGCCCAGUGCUGCGGCUCAGGCCCGCGGCCUGGGCUACGCGGCCUUCCUCCACGAGGCGGCGCCGACGGAGAAGCAAGGGCCCCAGGCGACCUCAGGCGGCGUGGCGAUUCUGGUGCGAGACGGCUUGCAGGCCGACGAGUCUGCGUACCCUUUGCCCUCGGCCUUGCGACACCGCCUCAUCGGGGUGGAGGUCGCCGCCGCCUCGGGCCUUCGGGUCCUGGUGCUUGCUGGGUACUUUCAGCACUCUGUGGGCCCUCGAGGCACCAACCUGGACUUGUUUUCGGCCAUCUCGGAGGUGACGGGCUCUUCUGCCGACAUCCCGUGGGUCCUCCAAGCCGACUUCAACAUGGAGCCCGAGCCGCUGGAGGAGUUGGGGUGGCCUGCUGCGGUGCGGGGGCAUGUCCUGGGGCCCUCGGAGGCGACGUGCCAUGCCGAGGGAUGUGACCACCUCUACGACUGGUUCGUGGCUUCCGCGGCGUUGGCAGCCUGCACGGCCUCCUGCGCCACCACGCUCGAGGGCUUCGGUCUGCACCCUCAUCGCCCCGUCCUGCUUCGUCUCCAGGACGUUCGGGCAGAUGCGUUGGUGGAGGUUCCGUCCAGGCCCGCACGCUUCCCCGAAGUUGCUCCUGAGCUCCUUCGGGCGCACGAGGACGCGGAGAUUGUGUGCUACUCGGUUGGCAAGAAAGGACAGGUCACGCCUAGGAGCGUCGCGUGGUCCUGGGACACAGGCACUUCACCGACCAACCUCUCCGUCGCCUUCAGCGAGUGGGCGGCGGCUGCAGAAGGCACCCUGGUCGGCAUCCACGGCAUCGUCCAGGCAGACUUGGCCCGUCAUCUUGGCAGAGGAGAGGGGCCGCGGCUGACCCUCAAGCCCCUCAGUGCCUUGGUCAGGCGAGAUGCCAGGUUCAGGUUCAGCCUCCUCACGCACCGCUUGAGGAGCUGCCUGGACGUGGCCCUCCAGCGGCUGCGAGCGGAGAGGACUGGCCGCUGGCACCCUCGGCAUGCAGACUGGUACGGGCACCAGGCCGGGCUCAGGGCGCAGCUCUUGCUAGAGGCGGUGCAGGGUGCAGCUCCUGAUCGACUAGGCGACCUGGUGUUUCAGGCGGGCGUCCACGGCAGCCCUGACGCCGUUCGGGACCUCCAAGGGCUGCUCGGUGCAUCGCAGCGCCGCGACGCGGCUCAGAGCGCCCAGGCCUGGCGCAACUGGGCACAGACAGCGGUCGAGAAGGGCGGUCGUCUGGCCCACCGCUUCUCGAAGGCGACGCCCCCGCCGACGGUCAGGGACGCUGACUCUGGCAGGAGGCUCGUUGGGAUGGCAGCGAUCGGCGAGCUCACGAGUGUCUGGCAGAAGCUGUGGCUCCAGGACGGGUUUGCCCUGGGCGCUGGGGCCAGCAGCUGGGACGUUGGCGAGUGGCGGCUGCCACCCAUCUCGCUGGAGCAGCUCCAGGCGGCCUGCAAGCGCUACAGCCCCUCGGUGGGGCUCGGGUGCGACUCUCUGCGCCCUCGGCAGAUCCUCCUGCUGCCCGUGGCGCUGCAGCAGCGCAUCCUGGACAUCCUGGCGGCCUACGACGACGCCCCUGCAUCGAUCAGCGGGCAGGCGAACCAGCAGUUCGAGGCCGCGAGCCUCUUCCUGGACAUCAGCAAGUUCUACGAGCACGUGCGUCACGAUGUUCGCUGGGCGAAUGCAGUACGGUUCGGGUUCAACCUCAGGCUGUUGCGCGGCCUCCUCACCUCCUACCAGGCCCCUAGGAUGAUCCUCGCGGCGGGCAUGGUUUCCCCCGCCUUCGGCACUACGGGUACGGUUCUGGCUGGGUGUGCGUGUGCGACAGCAGUUGCGAAGCUCCCAGUGCUGGGCGCCCUCCUGGCCGCGGGGGCGACGUGCCCGUUGGUCACGCCGAGGAAUGUUGUCGACGACAUCUCGCUCCAGGCGGUCGGCACGGCCCGACUAGUUAAGCGGCAGAUGUUGGUUUCCAGCUGUGAAGUGGUCCGCCUGCUGCGUGAGCAGCACCUCCCACUCAACGAGAGUAAGUCGGUCUUCCUGGCCUCGUCGCCGCAGCUCGCCAAGGAGCUUUCCGAGGCGUGGGCAGCGCAGGGCCUGGCCUUCAAGAGGGGACUGCAGGCGAGGAACCUCGGCACCGACGCCAACAUCACUCGUCGAGGCGUGCAUGAAGGAGCAGGGCGUGCGGUCGGCGGCCUUCGGCGUGGCCGCAGGCUCGGGGUGCUUCGCUCAGCUGGGGCGGCGACCGAGAUGGUCCACCGUGCUGGGCCCACCGCAGCGAUGCUGUGGGGGCGUACUGUGACUGGGGUACCUGAUAGGGAGCUUCAUUCGUGGCGGUUGGCGGCGGUGCGCUCGGCUGGGAAGCUCCCCAAGGGCGCCUCACUCGGGCUGAGGCUCAGGGCGGUGGAGGUCAUGCGGUCCAUCGACCUCGACCCGAGCCCCGCGCUGCUUCGUGCCGCUGUGCAGAUGGCGGCCAGCCUCCUUCAGUCGGGGGAGGUCUCGCAGCGCAUGUUCGAGACGGCCGUGCAGGAGGCGGGGCGGAGGCACGAGGGAGCAGCAGCCCCAUGGGCGCACUGCCGUACGCCAGUGGAUGCCUUGGCCCUCUCGCUCACCAGGGUGGGCUGGAGGCUCGUCCAAGGCACCUGCCUCGCCACCGACGACGGCCACAUCCUGGACCUGCGCAUGAUGGGGCCGCGCGAGCUGGGCCUGCUGGCAGCGGCAGGGGCGCGGCGUGCUUCGGACAGGUCGGAGCUGGCCCGCCUAGGCCACGGAGCGCUCCCCCCGUUGCCCCUGUUCUGGGAGGCCUUCUCGGAGGUCCUCGGGUCGGGCAGCAAGCUCAGCCCCAGGGAGAAGGCGGCGGUGGUGAGUUUCCUUUCCAACGCCCACUGGCCCCAGACCCGUUUGCACUCGGCGGGGGAGAGGGAGCAUGCUCGCUGCUGCGCUUGCGAUGCACCCCGCGGCAGUCUCUGGCACAGGCUGUUCGAGUGUCCCGUCCUCGCGGGGCCGAGGCGCGACUCUACCUCCGACCGCCUUAGGUCGGAUGCCAUGGCUGUCAUGUGGCGCAAUCGCCCCGCUGACGGUCUCCUCGGGGGGCGUCUCUACCUGGAUGGGUCGGCGCUCGACCCCGAGCACGCGAGCCUGCGGCGUGCGGGUUGGAGCAUCGUGCAGUGCGACUCCGACGGCAACAUGGAGUGCGCGGUGUACGGCAGCGUGCGCCUAGACCUCUGCCCUUUCCAGUCGGCCAAGGACGGCGAGGAUUUCGCGGUCUGGAUGCUGUCCCGCUUCCUGGGCCCGUGUGUGGACGAGAUCCUCAUCGAUUGUGCGUCUACGGUCAGCUGCCUCACGUUGGGCAAGAGGUACGCGACGGCAGCCAACAAGCCCAAUGCCCAUCUCUGGGAGGGGAUCUACGCUUCGCUGGACGUGGACAUGCUCAAGGUUACCAAAGUGGCAGCCCACUGCACCGCCCGUGACGUGAUGGAUGGCAAGAUCACGGAGGCGGACCUCCGCGGCAACGGUCAUGCCGACCGCUGGGCCAAGGCAGGUGCGGAGCUGCACCGCUCCAGCCCCGAGGCCAGGCGUGAGUUCUUCGGCACGAUGGAGGGGAUCGAGGUCAAGGACUGCGAGGGCCUGCCCGAGGGCAGCGAGCGGACGGCUGUUUCCUUCGCCGCGCCCGUGGUGGAGCCCGCCAGCAGCCGCCAGUCCGACUCGGGCUCGGGCGACGGGUGGGCCUCGGCGGCGCGCGCUGGUGGAGCAUCCCUCGGUGCGACGGCCUUCGUCGUCGCUGGCCACGUCCUGGCCUUCGCCAGGUGCGGGGAGGGCGCCGCCGAGCAGGAGCUGAUGGCGUGCACCCACUGCGGGGCGUACGCGCGGCUGGGCGGGCGCUCAGGCGCGGCGCCCAAGCUCAAGGAGCAAUGCCCAGGGUCUGCUGGGCUUCCCAAGGGCAGGCGCGACCAGAAGGCACGCUGGCUGCAGGGGCGGCAUCCUGCUGGCACGCCCCACAGCGGCAGCAAGCGGGUCGGCGCGGCGGUGCCCAGCCUGCGCAAGGAGGACGUAGUGCCGAUGGACGCCAGGGUGCGCUUCCUGCAGUGGCUGGGGGUCCGCCCCGAGGAUGGUGCCCCUGGCGGCGAUGCCGCCGGCGCCAGCCGCGGGCCCCCCAGCGGCGCUGCGGCCGCUGGCGAGGCUGCGGCGGCGUCGCUGGUGCCUGGCCCCGCGGGGGCCUCGAGGGAGGCAUGGCUGAGCGCCUACGGCCUGGACGAGGCGAGCCUCCUCGAGUGGUCAGCCGCGGCUGAGGCGGCGCGCGAGGACAGGCGCAAGAGGCGCCGCCUUGCAGAUGAAGACGAGGGGUCGUGA